AACCAACCUUUCAUGUUUAGUCACAUCCACCAGUAUAAAAGAUGGAAGCGUGCAGAUGUUCAACGAGAGCACUGGAAUUGGUCGUCCGAGACCUUGCUGGGAUUCAUUUGCGUCGCCAGCGGGCACAGCUAUACUUUAAACGAUGUCGGUCCCUCAGCACGCGGACUUCUUUGCGCCAACAUGAGACAACAAAGAUAAGCACGACCGAGAAGGGCUUCAUACCAUUCGAGACGGCAGGGACGUCGAAGGAAAUCGAAGCGCAGGACGCUGGGAAGAUAGAGCUGGCGGCCGAGAAAGAGCAAGGCGGAGAAGUGGUCAUAGAGUCCGCGCUCACUGAGGCUCAAGAGGAAGAUUUGGGGAGACCUGCCAUCCUACAAGGCGAAGGUGGCGUCAUGGCAGUACCGGCGGUUGCAGAGAAAGAAGUUGGAAAUGCACAGGAGACCACUGGGCCGACACCUGAGUGGGUUAAGCCAGUGGAACAGAAACAAUCUGCUCGCGAGCAGAAUGUAAAGCCCCGCAAGAACGGAAAGAGUGAGAAACCGAUUUCGGAAGCUAGAAAGGCUCGCAAAGAGAGGAGACUGGCAGAGGGCAAGCUCGAUCAAAGCAAAGCGUCACUGCCGUUGAAAAGCAAGGCGGAACAAAUUGCGAUAACCUCAUCUCAGCAAGCAGCACAAGACGAGGAGCACCACGAAGAGGAAAACGAGACUGAUCAAGUUCAAUCCGUCCUCGCCAAACUCGACAGCGACCUAGAAGGUCCCUCCAUCAUCGAAGCCCAACAAUCGCGCGCUGAAAAAUUGGCCGCCAAAUCGGCCGAUAAGAAACGCAGGUCCCAACAACGCGCAGCACAGAAGUUAGAAAGCGCACGUCGUGCAGUAUCCGACGGCGAAGCAUCCAAAAAGAAAAAGCUCGAAAUCUGGCAACGCGAUAAAUCUGCCCUCCAAAAGAAAUUCGGCGAGAAAGCGUGGGCUCCGCGUAAACGUCUCUCUCCAGAUUCUCUCGAUGGGAUUCGCGCAUUACAUGCCAGCGAUCCUGGAACAUACACCACGGAAAUGCUCUCCCAACAUUUCGAAGUCACGCCGGAAGCGAUCCGGAGGAUUCUUAAAAGCAAAUGGAAACCGACUCCGGAAGAGGUUGAAGAGAGGAGGGAGAGAUGGGAGAAGAGAGGCGUGAAGAAGUGGAGGGAGAUGAGUGAGGUGCAUGGGAUGAAGCCGCCGAAGAAAUGGAGAGUGUUGCAUGGCGUGCCUAACCCGAAAUUGGAGGGGAGAAAGAAGUGGGAAGAUCCUAAUAGUGAGAAGAAGGCGAAGGUCAUUAAUGAGAAGACGGGAAAGAAGGAGAGGUGGAGGAAUUUGGGAAAGACGAGGGACGAGGCGGGAAACGUGAGUUUAGCAGACAGGCUGUAGGAUCUUGUCGCAGAUCUGAGAGCAGAAGCCAAAGAGCGAUUUUGAUCGCCAAGCCGUGAACAAGGCUUUCUUCAACCAUCACGA